AUGUUUGAGCCAGAACAGCCUUCCACUGCUAGACAACUGGAAGCUGUCGCAGUAGGAAAAAUUGAAAUGAACGUCUACAUGACGUAUCUGAAGGCAUUUUCCUAUAAGUGGGCUUUUAUCUUCCUCUCAUUACUGUUCUGCCGUUACGUUAUGCAGGCUUUAAGCAGUAUUUGGCUAUCAAGCUGGGCAGAUUCGAACGUCAAGGAGCCUACAAGUAGCAACACAAUACGUGGCCUCGCUGUAUUCGUCGCUUUAGGGAUUCUGCACUGUACUCUUCAAUAUUAUUGCAACUGUAUCGUCUACGUUUGGAAGCAUACGCGCUUCUCUAGCUCUCCAUCAUCCACUCGUCACUGCAAUUAUGCGAGCACCCUUAUCGUUUUUCGAAGAGACUCCCUUGGGCAGAAUUCUCAAUCGUCUUGUAGGGGAUGUCGAGAUCGUGGAUCGUCCACUUCCCAUAAAUAUACGUCUUGCUGUAGACAGCUUAAUGCAUGUGAGCUUUUUUGA